AUGAGGGUCGGGCCAUCUGUUCAAGGCCGGCCGCUUCUGCAGAGGUAUGGCUGGCAGUUGCUUCAGCUGAGGCGCGGGGGCCGAUGGCCGCUUCUGCAGAGGUAUGUUUGGCAGUUGCUUCAGCUGAGGCGCGGGGACCGGCGGCCGCUUCUGCAGAGGUAUGUUUGGCAGUUGCUUCAGCUGAGGCGCGGGGACCAGCCGCUUCUGCAGAGGUAUGUUUGGCAGUUGCUUCAGCUGAGGCGCGGGGGCCGGCGGCCGCUUCUGCAGAGGUAUGGCUGGCAGUUGCUUCAGCUGAGGCGCGGGGGCCGGCGGCCGCUACUGCAGAGGUAUGUUUGGCAGUUGCUUCAGCUGAGACGCCAACGGUCGCUUCUGCAGAGGUAUGUUUGGCAGUUGCUUCAGCUGAGGCGCGGGGGCCGACGGCCGCUUCUGCAGAGGUAUGUUUGGCGGUUGCUUGAGCUGAGGCGCGGGGACCAGCGGCCGCUUCUGCAGAGGUAUGGCUGGCAGUUGCUCCAGCUGAGGCGCGGGGGCCAGCCGCUUCUGCAGAGGUAUGGCUGGCAGUUGCUUCAGCAGAGGCGCGGGGGCCGGCGGCCGCUUCUGCAGAGGUAUGGCUGGCAGUUGCUUCUGCUGAGGCACGGGGGCCAGCCGCUUCUGCUGAGGCACUGGGGCCAGCCGCUUCUGCUGAGGCACUGGGGCCAGCCGCUUCUGCUGAGGCACUGGGGCCAGCCGCUUCUGCUGAGGCACUGGGGCCAGCCGCUUCUGCUGAGGCACUGGGGCCAGCCGCUUCUGCUGAGGCACGGGGGCCAGCCGCUUCUGCUGAGGCACGGGGGCCAGCCGCUUCUGCUGAGGUAUGGCUGGCAGUUGCUUCUGCUGAGGCACGGGGGCCAGCCGCUUCUGCUGAGGUAUGGCUGGCAGUUGCUUCAGCAGAGGCGCGGGGGCCAGCCGCUUCUGCAGAGGUAUGUUUGGCAGUUGCUUCAGCUGAGGCGCGGGGGCCGACGGCCGCUUCUGCAGAGGUAUGUUUGGCGGUUGCUUGAGCUGAGGCGCGGGGACCAGCGGCCGCUUCUGCAGAGGUAUGGCUGGCAGUUGCUCCAGCUGAGGCGCGGGGGCCAGCCGCUUCUGCAGAGGUAUGGCUGGCAGUUGCUCCAGCUGAGGCGCGGGGGCCAGCCGCUUCUGCAGAGGUAUGUUUGGCAGUUGCUUCAGCUGAGGCGCGGGGGCAGAUGGCCGCUUCUGCAGAGGUAUGUUUGGCAGUUGCUUCAGCUGAGGCGCGGGGGCCGACGGCCGCUUCUGCAGAGGUAUGUUUGGCGGUUGCUUGAGCUGAGGCGCGGGGACCAGCGGCCGCUUCUGCAGAGGUAUGGCUGGCAGUUGCUCCAGCUGAGGCGCGGGGGCCAGCCGCUUCUGCAGAGGUAUGGCUGGCAGUUGCUCCAGCUGAGGCGCGGGGGCCAGCCGCUUCUGCAGAGGUAUGUUUGGCAGUUGCUUCAGCUGAAGCGCGGGCGGCCGCUUCUGCAGAGGCACGGCUGGCAGUUGCUUCUGCUGAGGCACGGGGGCCAGCCGCUUCUGCUGAGGUAUGGCUGGCAGUUGCUUCAGCAGAGGCACGGGGGCCUGCGGCCGCUUCUGCAGAGGUACGGUUGGCAGUUGCUUCUGCCGAGGCGCGGGCCGCUUCUGCAGAGGCACGGUUGGCAGUUGCUUCUGCCGAGGCGCGGGCCGCUUCUGACGAGACAUGGUUGGCAGAUGCUUCAGCUGAGGCGCGGGGGCCGGCCGCUUCUGCAGAGACAUGGUUGGCAGUUGCUUCAGCUGAGGCGCGGGGGCCGGCCGCUUCUGCAGAGGUACGGUUGGCAGUUGCUUCUGCCGAGGCGCGGGCCGCUUCUGCAGAGGCACGGUUGGCAGUUGCUUCAGCUGAGGCGCGGGGGCCGGCCGCUUCUGCAGAGUUAUGGUUGGCAGUUGCUUCAGCUGAGGCGCGGGCCGCUUCGGACGAGACAUGGUUGGCAGUUGCUUCAGCUGAGGCGCGGGGGCCGGCCGCUUCUGACGAGACAUGGUUGGCAGUUGCUUCAGCUGAGGCGCGGGCCGCUUCUGCAGAGGUACGGUUGGCAGUUGCUUCAGCUGAGGCGCGGGGGCCGGCCGCUUCUGCAGAGGCACGGUUGGCAGUUGCUUCUGCCGAGGCGCGGGCCGCUUCGGACGAGACAUGGUUGGCAGUUGCUUCAGCUGAGGCGCGGGGGCCGGCCGCUUCUGCAGAGGUAUGGUUGGCAGUUGCUUCAGCUGAGGCGUGGGGGCCAGCCGCUUCUGCCGAGGUAUGGUUGGCAGUUGCUUCAGCUGAGGCGCGGGCUGCUUCUUGGUUGGCAGUUGCUUCAGCUGAGGUGCGGGCCGCUUCUUGGUUGGCAGUUGCUUCAGCUGAGGCAUGGGGGCCAGCCGCUUCUGCUGAGGCGCGGGGGCCAGCCGCUUCUGCUGAGGCAUGGUUCGCAGUUGCUUCAGCUGAGGCACGGGCCGCUUCCGCAGAGGCUCGGGGGCCGGCGGCCGCUUCUGCAGAGGUAUGGUUGGCAGUUGCUUCAGCUGAGGUGCGGGCGGCUUCUUGGUUGGCUGUUGCUCCAGCUGAGGCGCGGGGGCCAGCUACUUCUGCCGAGGUAUGGUUGUCAUUUGGACCCUGCGUCACACUUGCCAGGGUAUUGUAGCCAGUAGCUUUAGCAUUUGGAACAGACACCACACUUGCUUGGGAUCCAGUUGGUUCAGGUCCAGUGCAUGCAGUGCAUGCAUCAC